AACCGAGUCAGAGCAACAAUGCCCGAUACAGUGAAAGCGCCCAAGAAAGGCUCCAAGAAAGCCGUGUCUAAGGUCACCAAGACCGGCAAGAAGAAGAGAAAGACCAGGAAGGAGAGCUACGCCAUCUACGUGUACAAGGUGCUGAAGCAGGUCCACCCUGAUACCGGCAUUUCCUCCAAGGCUAUGGGCAUCAUGAACUCCUUUGUGAGCGACAUCUUUGAGCGCAUCGCCGGUGAGUCCUCCCGUCUGGCUCACUACAACAAGCGCUCCACCAUCACCUCCAGGGAGAUCCAGACCGCCGUCCGCCUGCUGCUGCCCGGUGAGCUGGCCAAGCACGCUGUGUCUGAGGGAACAAAGGCUGUGACCAAGUACACCAGCUCCAAGUAAACCUGCUGUUACAACCAACAGCACAAAGGUCCUUUUCAGGGCCACACACUGCUUCUACUGAGAGCUAAUGUCCUUCAUUAUACAUUAA